UCCAGGAUGCGGUGACACGCACAGCUGCUGUGAGCGGUGACCUCUGGCAGGACGCACGCUGUCCUUGCUGGGCAGCAGCAGCACCACGUGUCAGUGACAGGUACAGCACCUGCUGCUGCACAGAGUGCGUCACCCACUCACUGCCACCACUUCAGAGAGGAAACAAAAGAGAGCGGUGCAGAACUGCAGCAUCAUCUGAGCGUCGGGGAUGUGAAGACAGAGGACACGCCAGACAUUUGCUGCGUGCCUUUCAUCUCCAUGCCUGGAUUCAGAGGGAUAUCCUCAGCAGAUUCACAGUCAGAGCUUCCCAGACACCACUUCAGGCUGGAGGGGCAUCCCUUGAUCAAAAUGAGGAAGGGGCUCCACGGCUCCUCCGGUCAUCCAGGACACCAACACAGCGAGGAGAAGGAACGAGAGCUGUGGAGGGAGAUGGAGGAGAAGGAGAGAAAACACAUGCGAGCUGAGAAAAAGCUCCUCGCCUUCUGGACCACCUUGUCCCACAGGACCUGGAUCCUAUUUAGACACAGAGAGAAGCCGGGUUUCCAGCGUUCCACCUCGGUGGCCCGGCUGCUCAAGAGUGAGGCGUGAUAACAAGCCUGUGUGUUUGUGUGUGUGAUGUCUGUCAGGGUGUCAGAAGAGGCAUCACAGACCUGAUGUCAAGUGUCCCUAUCUUUGUGUGUGUGUUACAGCCACUUGUUUCUUGGUCAAGUAUUUUUAAGUUGCUCUGCCGACACCGGACUGACACGUUCAACACGUUGUGCCAAUUUUACAAGCUUUCCGAACCUGCUCCUGGACCCAAACAGAGAAUGGAGUGAAGCGCAAAACAAGCUCCUGUGACUCAGCUCGGACACUGACACUGAGGAAUCUGGAAAAUCCUUAUCACUGCCGACCACCGUCUGAAGUGCUUCAUGUGGCCAUUAGCUGGGAACAGUCAUGGCGGUGACACGUCUGCAUUUGGAGCUGAGAUUCCAGGGGGAGAAACUGAGGGGCUUCGCCUGCAGGCUGACUCGCUCGCCUCGAGGUCAUCUACCAGAGAGCUCAUGGAGGAUCGCCUCACAGGUGCUGCUGCCGUACCUGGUGUCCGGCCUGGGGAUGGUGGCAGCCGGGAUGGUCAUGGAUGUGGUGCAACACUGGACGGUGUUUCGGGAGAUCUCUGAAGUGUUUAUUCUGGUGCCAGCUCUGGUGGGUCUGAAGGGGAAUCUGGAGAUGACUUUGGCGUCCAGGCUGUCGACAGCAGCUAACACUGGACAGAUGGAUGAACCUCAGCAGCAGUGGAAAAUGAUCUGCUGUAAUCUGGCUCUCAUUCAGGUCCAAGCCACUGUGGUGGGAUUCCUGGCUGCUAUCGCAGCCGUGGGUCUCGGGGGUCUCACCAGAGGGAGUGUGGAUAUCGCUGAGUCAGCCAUUUUAUGUGCCAGCAGCGUCGCCACUGCUUUCAUCGCAGCACUGUCCCUGGGUCUGGUGAUGGUGGCAGUGAUCAUCGGCUCCAAAAAAGCGGGCAUCAACCCAGAUAACGUCGCCACACCCAUCGCGGCCAGUCUGGGAGACCUGAUCACCCUGUCUCUGCUGGCCGGGAUCAGCAGCCUGCUGUUUGUCUGCAAAGAGUGGUGGUUCCUGCCUCCUCUGAUGUGCACCGUCUUCCUGCUUCUUGUUCCAGGUUGGGUCAUGAUCGCCUGCCAGUCUCAGCCGAUCAAAGCCGUCCUCAAGUCGGGCUGGCAGCCCGUCAUCCUCGCCAUGUCGAUCAGCAGUAUCGGGGGCUUGAUUCUGGAUAAGAGUGUCAGCAAUCCAGACUAUGAAGGGAUGGCAGUGUUCACUCCAGUCAUCAACGGUGUUGGAGGGAACCUGGUGGCCAUCCAGGCCAGCAGGAUGUCCACCUACCUUCACUACUGGAGUGUCCCUGGAUCGCUCCCCCUGAAGAUGGCAGCGUCUUGCCCAGGACCCUGCGACACCUUCUGCUCCUCAGAUGUGAACUCGAAGUCUGCCAGGGUUCUGGUCAUCCUCGUGGUCCCCGGUCAGCUCCUCUUCCUCUACACCAUCCACCUCCUGCAGGGCGGACACACAGCCAUGACAGCCACCUUCAUCGCCUGCUACCUAGCAGCCGCGGUGCUUCAGGUGGUGAUUCUGCUGAGUGCGGCGGCUCUGGUGGUCAGAUGGCUGUGGCGGAAGGGCCUGGACCCUGACAACUUCUCCAUCCCUUACCUCACUGCUCUGGGGGACCUGCUGGGGACUGGACUUCUAGCGCUGAGCUUCAGACUGGUGCUGACCAUCAGUCGACCCGGAGCUGGAGCUUGAGGGUCACACGUGUACACCUCAUCAGCAAGUCAGUGGAAAGUCAGCACAAGACAGCAUAUGACGCUAAUUUGUGAAGUACACAUCAUGAAUAAAUGUCCUUUUAAAGUUUAAAUAACAGCUGCUUUACCUUUGCCAUACAGAUGAAGGCAAUACGCUUCAGUUCCCAGGCAAGUUUAGCUAAGGUACUAGCAACUAAGCAUCAGUUUUAGGUGAAAAAGCUAAGCGAUCAAAGAGUACAGAGUGUCUCAUACGGCACCAGAAAUAGCUGCUACACACCACAAGAACUUAAAGCUACUUUGAAUCAGCCCAUUUGUUGUAGCUUCGUAGCUCAACAUGCCAAACAGUAAGAUCUCUUCCGAAUCACUUUUGAAAAAAAAAAGAGCAUUUAAACAGUGUGGCAGUAUGUUUUUAGAAAGACAAUGCAAUUUGGUUCACCUUGUUCUACCCCCGACACUCUGUACCAAAUACUGUCUUAGGGCGCAAGCAACGUACAUGUAAGUGUGGCAGUGUUAUCAGCACCUUCAGUACUGGCUUUGACUGUAUCCAUAGAGCUGUGCCUUUAAAACAAAGUGUGUGCGUCAGUGUCAGUUCAACAUGUGUCUCUAUCGUGGUGGCAUGUUCUAUUCUGAUGCUACUUCUUUCCGUAAAAGGCUGUGGGGCAUAUAUGUAUAUUGUUGUGGAUGCAUGAAACUCGCGACAUAGAGGUGAGAAAGUGUCACACCAGUUGACUGUAUUUAAGUUUUGUGCGACA